AUGGAGGCUCUCUUCUCUGCCAUGAUCGUACUGCUCUUGGUUUCCUUUUCAUGUUUCACUUCUUCAGAAGCUCUCACAAGCAAUAACGGAAACAUCACUAUCAAAUGGGAUCUCAUGAGCUGGACUUCUGAUGGUUACGUUGCUGUGGUUGCAGCCUACAAUAACCAGAAACAACGUUCAAUUCCUUCACCGGGAUGGAAAAUGAGCUGGAAAUGGACUAGCAAGGAGGUGAUCUGGAACAUGAUUGGUGCACAAACCACAAAACAAGGAGAUUGUUCCAUGUUCAAAGGAAACAUCCCUCAUUCCUGUGUUAAUAACCCAACAGUCAUAGAUUUGCCUCCUGGAACUCCUUACAAUCAGCAGAUUGCUAACUGCUGCAAAGGCGGUGUUUUGAAACCCGGUUUAAAAAGUGCAUUUCAGUUAUCCGUUGGCCAAGCGGGUAACUCGGUGAAGACUGUUCAGAUGCCGGUUAACUUCAUGUUCACCGCACCUAUACAACAGUAUAUUUGUGGACCCACUAAGAACGUUAGACCCACUAGGUUUAUAAACGGUGACAAAAGGAGAAAGACUGCAGCUUUGAUGACCUGGAACAUUACUUGCGUCUUCCACAAGGCAACAUGA